GCCACACCGCCGUUCACGGCACAGCAAGAUCAUCAGGUCUUCAGUUACCGCAACCACCAUAUUGAAUGGGAACUUGAGACGCAAACAAACUAACACACGAUGGCGUUCCAACCGCAACUACAUUACAAAAACGAUGAUCUCGUGCGACGAAAGCUUAACCCCGUGCCCAAAGCACUCCGAUGGACCCUCAAGCAAGAGUGUAUCGAGCAAGUAAAGCUGCAUUUACUCCAUUGGGCGCGAAGUGACCCAAUUAGUGCACAAGCUCUGCCACCGUAUAACUUGCGCAGCUGUCCAGCGACUCUGCUGCAGGACAUACUAGUGUCAGUUCUGGAGGAUGAAAGUAAUUCUCAGCCACUCAAAAAGGUCGCUGAACAGUUACUGGUUGACGGCCUCGAGGAGUUUGAUUUCAAGUGCAUUAACGACAUACCUUUUAAUCAGCUGGGGCAAAUUUUUGCACUGGUGAAACUCAACGGGAACAACUUCAAAUGCAUUCACUUGGUUGGCCUGUGGACGUACUCACCGGAAGCACCCGGUAUGGUCCGAGAUAUCCUCCAGAGGUGUCCGAAUCUAGAGCGAUUAGUUCUUCAAGAAGCCCAUUACGAAGAAUUUUUGUACGUGGCUCAACGCUGCCCGAAACUAGUAAAGCUGGAUGUGCUCCACCCAUCACUAAGUAUACUCGAUUUCCAUAUGUUGCAGAAUGUUGACGACCGAAAAAGGUUCCCUUUACGGGGCUCGCUCCGCAGCCUGGCCUUGCCGGCCUCGAUCGACGGCGAAAGUCUUUUGGAUUUGCUCAAUUAUUUUAGAGAGGUCGUAGACCUGACAUGCGUUAAUGUGGAAGGCCUAAUGAACGCCGCCUCGGAAGCUAAAGGACACGCUUUGACGCGUUGUGCCGAGAUGUUAUCGCUCCGUGUGACGAACGUCAUGGGCAAGAACAGUAUUGAAACUCUAGUCAAAAUGUUCCCCAACCUCCAGAGACUUUCGUUGAAAUCUCAAAAAAUUAUGAAUAUCCAGCAUUUAUUGAAGCUGAAAAAGCUGACAGCCUUACGUCUGGAGAACAGUCAAGUUACACCAUCAUCAUAUACCGAAGAUAUUCUCCCACUGCUUAAGGUGAUGGGCCAUCGUCUGGUCCACUUGAGCCUUGUACACUUCGACGUCAUCGAAUUGCCUAAGACGCACUUGUUUUGUCCAAAUCUACUUUCAUUUGAUCUACAACAGUUUGUUCUUCUUGGCUGUACCUCGGAUAGGCUGCAUUGGCUGCAGUUCGGAGGCACCGGGCGAUCCUUUGAGAAACUGCGCACUCUGCACAUGCGACCUCGGCAAGGCAAGUGCGUGCCUCAGGAAGCCUGCCUAUUGCUACUAAAGUAUUGUCGUCAACUUAGCUACCUUGAACUCCAUGAGGCGUAUGGGAUGACGGAUGCAUUAGCCAGCGAACUCGUUCAACACAACGGUUUCAGUGAACUCAUUCGAAUCCGUUUGCGAGGAGGCCAUAACCUGUCUCGUCUUGGUAUAGAAACGUUACUCAGCCGGGCUACUCAACUAAAACACUGCCAUAUUCGAUAAGGCGAGCCUCUAGUGCGAACAGCUAUUGGUGCCGUAUAGGAAAAGGUCUCAGAUAAAAGCUUCGAGUGCUAAAGCAUGGGAUCGCCAAUAAUACAAUCAAGCUGCUCGAUUGAUCAGUAAUACGUGGCUGGAAAAUACUACGUUAACAUGAAAUCGUUAUGGGAACAGGUGGACGUCAACAUCCGGUUCCACAAGAUACAUUUCACGUCUUUCCCUUCUUCCUGCUUUCCGCGGAAAUCUAAUAGUUUUUUUUUCGAAAUAAACUGGUUUGCAAUAAAGGCCUAGGCCGAACCUUGUGAGGUUAGCCAGUAUUUUCUAUAUCAUCAAGAAGUUGGCCUCAAAACAGCACAUCGCAUACUGUGAAAGUGACAGCUGAAAGGUCCGAAAAGGUGUUACUUCAUUACAAGGACGCUAAAUUCUAUGAUAGAAAAAAAUCUACGUAAGAUGGGAAGCGGGAUUGUUCCUUUCGUCGAACGAUAGCCGAACGCAACGUACAAUGUACCAUCCUUGUUCAUACUUCAAGCUGAUAUUUAGACGAAAGCAUUACACUGACGCCUGAUGACUAUGCAUUUCAGGAAUUAUCUUAAAAUUGUCCUCAAUCUUCAGCUUUCCUAUAAUAAUAAUAUACCGCCUUCGCAAACUUAGCGACCCCUUUCUCUGAACGUGCUUCUGACAGUUUGCUCUUAAAUCAAUGAGCGAUCCUAGCGAACGCUUUGUAAUAUAACGUUGGUGCGACACGUGCGUUCUAUAUCUUAGACCCCUAGUUAAAUUCAGAACUACUUGGUAUCUGUAAAACUGUGGGUCUGAUAUGCUAUUCGGUUCGUGUCAAUCGCCUUCGUCGUCUGAUCGUGUUCGUAAACACGUUAAGAUACGUCUUCUACUUAUCAGUUAUGUUGAUUUUAGCUUUAUUCGCUCAGCAUCUGACAAGAGCCAUUUAUUGUAUAACCGGUAGCACUGUGAGCGCAGCGACGGCUCAGCUUGCACAAAACUAUUUUACAACACGUCAAUCGUAUCCUUAUAUACGUCAAAUUCCUAUAACGUUGCUACGUUUGCCCUUAGCGGCAAACAUGCUUACCUAUAUACCUAUCUUCCUUGCAGUGCUUAAAAACUCAUCCACGUUUUAAAACGAUAGCAGGUGAAGUUGCGACUACAAAGACUAUCAAUUGGUCUACAAAAUAAAUCCUGCAUAGUGAUACAGUAUAAGCUUGGCCCCACUAUACGACCAUGUUUCGUAAAGCUUUCGGUUCUCGUAAAGAAUCUACCGGAAUAGCAAUUGUUUCUUUAUGGAAAGCGUUAACUUAUGUAGAAUUUCACGAUGAAAUAACUGCGCACAGCAAAUCGUGUCCGCCAGAGAGAAAUGAAAAAAAAAGACAAUAGAUAAAUAUUGGAAAAGCUGUCCGUUAUCCAGACAGCUGUUUUAUCCGUUGGUCAGCUCGACACGUUAAUCGUAUUGCCGCAAGGGAGAGUUAACGUUCUAAGUAAUAAGUAGUUCGAAUGGUUGCCGCCGAGAUUGCUCGCUCCGUUUAGAAAGUAACGAAGACUUCAUGGCCCAGAUACGGUGCAGUAUAUUGUCAAAAAGCUAUACCUACAAAUCGCCUGUAAAAGAAGAGAAGUUAUUUUGUACGGUACAAUGUCGCCUGCAACAAUAAAGAAAGCCUUUAUUUAAGGCAUAAUUUAUCGGUGUCCAUGACCAUAUGGUAUAUUUAUAAUGAUAUGACUUU